CGACGGUGUCAGACUCUCUUCCGUCCGCUGUGGGUAGAGGCGCUGUUCAUUCACGAACCUCGGAAGUUCGCAUUGCAACCUUCAAGUUCACUUCAAUUUUGUUGAGUUCGUGGUUCCAGUUUAAAAGCAUGGGGAAGCGUGUAGCUGUCGUGCUGGCGGGCUGCGGAGUGUUUGAUGGAAGUGAAAUCCAUGAGGCGUCUGCGGUUCUGGUUCAUCUGAGCCGUCAGCAAGCCACUGUCAAGAUGUUUGCACCCAACACUGACCAAAUGCACGUUGUGGAUCAUCUGAAAGGCUCUCCAACAGAGGAGAAGAGAAAUGUGCUUGUGGAAAGUGCCAGACUGGCCCGGGGUGAAAUUGAAGACCUCAGCCAGCUCAAUGUGAAGGAUCUGGAUGCCAUCAUCUUCCCUGGUGGUUUUGGAGCAGCCAAGAAUUUGUGCAGCUGGGCAGUGGAUGGCAAAGACUGCUCAGUCAAUGAUCAGGUGAAAGCAGUGCUUCAGGCCUUUCAUGCUGAGAAGAAGCCCAUCGGCCUGUGCUGCAUCUCACCAGUGCUGGCGGCCAAAGUUUUCCCUGGCUGUGAAGUGACCGUUGGUCAUGUCACAGAUGAGAGGUAUCCUGGUGUUCCGGACACAGCUGAAGCUAUUACUCAGCUGGGCUGCAAGCACAUAUGUAAGCAUGUGGAUGAGGCUCAUGUUGAUGAGAAAAAUAAGAUCGUCACCACCUGUGCUUUCAUGUGCAACGCUCCACUGCAUGAAAUACAUGAUGGCAUUGGAGUGAUGGUGCAGGAGGUGCUGAAGCUUGCCUGAAUUCCUGCUAAGUCUUAUUUUGUCUAAUGUUUCUAUAGAAGGUCAAAGUCAACCCAAGUGUCAUAAAUGUCUCAUUAAGAACUUAAUAGAAAUGAAUAAAGAGUACAACCCUUAUUAAAAAUUU